UCUCUUCACCUUUUUUUCUCUUUUCAUACGACUAUCGUACUAUAUACGAGUGUGUAUAUAUAUAUUGUGAUAUAGAAUACUUUUGUUGUGUGUGGGACACAGUACACACAUUAUACACACUAGGGAGAUAUAUAGAGAGAAACAGGAAAGGGUGGUAAGAUCAUGGCGUGUUGUCCUCUUUAUCUAAAAUCUCUUUUUAAGAAUUUCUGAGAUAUGUUCUCUUCUGUAUUUCUUUCAAUUUAGAGUUUAGCUUGGUUCCAAGGAGAGUAGUGUAGUAGUAGUAGCAGCACUAUUAAUACUACUGUCUUAUAAAUUUUACCAUUUCUCACACGCAAAGAGAGAUAUGAGUCAAGAGAAGAAGAGCAGCUUUAUGGAACUGGAAAAGAAGAAGGAGCCCUCUUCAGAUGUAAGAGAAAUGGCUAAUAACAACCAAGAUUUUCCUGUGAAAAGAUCCAAGGGAGGCCUCAUAACCAUGCCAUUCAUUAUAGUAAAUGAAGCAUUGGAGAGGGUGGCAAGCUAUGGCAUUUUGCCAAACAUGAUAUUGUAUUUGAUGAAAGAUUAUCACUUGGGAGUAGCCAAAGGUACCAACAUUAUCUUCUUCUGGUCAGCAGCUACUAAUUUCAUGCCUCUUCUUGGGGCAUUCCUCUCAGAUUCUUAUCUGGGUCGUUUUCUCACUAUUGGCUUUGGCUCAAUGGCUAGUUUUCUGGGGUUGGUGCUUCUAUGGUUAACAGCCAUGAUUCCAAAGCUGAAACCUUCACGCUGUGAUAUAUUUACACAAAGUUGUAAAGCUCCUACUGGUGGGCAAACGACAUUUCUUGCUUUGUCGUUUAGUCUGAUAUCAAUUGGAGCUGGUGGAAUUAGACCUUGUUCUCUUGCAUUUGGUGCUGAUCAAGUGGACAAUAGAGACAAUCCCAAGAACAAGAGGGUAUUAGAGAGCUUCUUUAGUUGGUACUAUGCUUCAACUGCGGCUUCUCUUAUACUUGCCUUAACUGCAAUUGUUUAUAUUCAAGAUCAACUUGGAUGGAAAUUGGGUUUUGGAAUUCCUGCAAUUCUUAUGUUAUUUGCCACUAUUUUGUUUUUUCUUGCUUCAUCUCUUUAUGUUAAACAAAAAGCUUGUAAAAGCUUGUUCACUGGACUUGCUCAAGUCAUUGUGGUUGCUUACAAGAACAGAAAGCUUCAACUUCCAAAUGGGAACUCAAAUAGUGAUCAUAAUGGUGUGUAUCACCAUAACAAGGAUUCUGAAUUAGUUUCACCAUCAGACAAAUUAAGGUGUUUGAAUAAAGCUUGUGUAAUUAGAAAUCGUGAACAAGACAUUGGGCCAGAUGGGUCUGCUUCAAAUCCUUGGAAUCUUUGCACAGUUGAGAAAGUUGAAGAGCUUAAAGCUCUUAUCAAAGUCAUACCAAUAUGGUCUACAGGGUUAAUGAUGUCCAUUAACACUAGCCAAAACACUUUUCAAGUACUCCAAGCUAAUUCCAUGGAUAGACACUUGUCAAGUUUUCAAGUCCCAGCUGGUUCUUACCCUAUGUUUGUAGUGAUCUCUUUGGCUCUUUGGGUUGUUCUCUAUGACAGAGUGAUCCUUCCUUUAGCUUCGAAAAUUCGAGGCAAGCCGGUGAGUUUGGAUGUGAAAACAAGAAUGGGAAUUGGCCUAAUUCUGACAUUCAUGGCCAUGGUUGUGGCUGCAGUGGUGGAGAGUGUUAGGAGGAGAAGGUCAAUUCAACAAGGGUUUUUGAACAAUCCAGCUGGUGUUGUAGCUAUGUCUGCAAUGUGGUUAAUCCCACAACACUGUUUGAAUGGCUUAGCUGAAGCUUUUACUGGAAUUGGACAAACAGAGUUUUACUAUUCUGAAAUCCCAAAAAGCAUGUCAAGUAUUGCAGCUUCACUUUUUGGAUUAGGAAUGGCUGUGGCUAGUCUUUUGGCUAGUGUUGUUUUAAGUGCUGUGGAUAACUUAACAUCAAGAAAUGGUAAAGAGAGUUGGGUUUCAAGUAAUAUCAAUAAGGGUCAUUAUGAUUAUUACUAUUGGGUUCUUGCUGCUAUGAGCUUUGUCAAUGUGUUUUAUUACAUAUUCUGUAGUUGGGCUUAUGGACCUUGUGUUGAAGAGAGGCAAAAGGUUAGAGAUGAACCAAAUGGUGGGAUUAGUAGUGAUGAAGGAAAAGAGUUAUUAUCUGUCUAAGCUUCAAAAAAAAAAAAAAAAAAAAAAAAACAUGAAUUUGAAAGCUUGAUUGAUCUUAGGUUUGUUACAGUAUUAACAGUGAUUCUUAUGCUGCUGUUUUUUUUUUCUUUGGUGUGUGGUUGUGUGAUAGUGGUGGAAUUAUAGUCUAUAAUCUUGUAAUUGUAAUUGUUGAGAUUUUGUUUGAUGUCAAUAUAUAUAUAUCAAAUAUAAAAUAUUUAUAUUAA